AUGGAAUCUCUAAAGUCAAAAUGCAAAACUCUCAUCAAUAGCAUAAACUGUUUGCAUACCGCAAAAGUGGAAGUCGAUGAGCUAUCAAAGAGACUCAACAUCCAAGGGAAGGUUGUGAAAAAGGAUGGUGGUUCAUCAGACAAUUUCGGGAGCACAAGUACAUGUGAUAUGGAACACAAUGUCACGAUUCGAUCACAAUCAUCAAACCCGCCUUUUGAUCCCCGGUGCAGCACAAGCAACUCUACCCUAUUUGUAAACCAUGGGCUUAAUCAAUGGAACCAGGCAAGAGAACAAUGGCGUGAAUACAGAACCAGCCAACAAUGUCGAGUUUUGGAACCUGCUAUAAGCUGGGACUCGACAUAUGAGAGCUUACUGAGCACAAACAAGCCUUUUCCUCGACCGAUACCUCUUCAGGAUAUGGUGCAUUUUCUUGUUGACGUUUGGGAGGAAGAAGGCUUGUACAUGUGA